AUGUGUGCUCUGCUCUGUUUGGGGCGCUUACACCCAAUUACUAAAAUGCAGAUCUUUGUUAAAACCCUGACUGGUAAGACUAUCACAUUGGAAGUUGAGCCUUCCGAUACGAUUGAAAACGUUAAAGCUAAAAUUCAAGACAAGGAAGGUAUUCCUCCUGACCAACAAAGGUUAAUUUUUGCCGGAAAACAAUUAGAAGAUGGCCGCACACUCUCAGACUAUAACAUUCAAAAGGAAUCUACACUUCAUCUAGUAUUGCGUCUUCGCGGAGGAAUGCAAAUUUUCGUUAAGACCCUCACAGGGAAAACCAUUACCCUGGAAGUAGAACCCUCUGACACCAUCGAGAAUGUUAAAGCCAAAAUCCAGGACAAGGAGGGUAUUCCACCAGACCAACAACGUCUUAUCUUCGCCGGCAAACAAUUAGAAGAUGGCCGCACACUCUCAGACUACAACAUUCAAAAGGAAUCCACUCUUCAUCUGGUAUUGCGUCUUCGCGGAGGAAUGCAAAUCUUCGUUAAAACCCUCACAGGGAAAACCAUUACCCUGGAAGUAGAACCCUCUGACACCAUCGAGAAUGUUAAAGCCAAAAUCCAGGACAAGGAGGGUAUUCCACCAGACCAACAACGUCUUAUCUUCGCCGGCAAGCAAUUAGAAGAUGGCCGCACACUCUCAGACUACAACAUUCAAAAGGAAUCCACUCUUCAUCUGGUAUUGCGUCUUCGCGGAGGAAUGCAAAUCUUUGUAAAGACCCUCACAGGGAAAACCAUUACCCUGGAAGUAGAACCCUCUGACACCAUCGAGAAUGUUAAAGCCAAAAUCCAGGACAAGGAGGGUAUUCCACCAGACCAACAACGUCUUAUCUUCGCCGGCAAGCAAUUAGAAGAUGGCCGCACACUCUCAGACUACAACAUUCAAAAGGAAUCCACUCUUCAUCUGGUAUUGCGUCUUCGCGGAGGAAUGCAAAUCUUUGUAAAGACCCUCACAGGGAAAACCAUUACCCUGGAAGUAGAACCCUCUGACACCAUCGAGAAUGUUAAAGCCAAAAUCCAGGACAAGGAGGGUAUUCCACCAGACCAACAACGUCUUAUCUUCGCCGGCAAGCAAUUAGAAGAUGGCCGCACACUCUCAGACUACAACAUUCAAAAGGAAUCCACUCUUCAUCUGGUAUUGCGUCUUCGCGGAGGAAUGCAAAUCUUUGUAAAGACCCUCACAGGGAAAACCAUUACCCUGGAAGUAGAACCCUCUGACACCAUCGAGAAUGUUAAAGCCAAAAUCCAGGACAAGGAGGGUAUUCCACCAGACCAACAACGUCUUAUCUUUGCCGGCAAACAAUUGGAAGAUGGCCGUACUCUUUCGGACUACAACAUUCAGAAGGAAUCCACUCUUCAUCUGGUAUUGCGUCUUCGCGGAGGAAUGCAAAUCUUCGUUAAGACCCUCACAGGGAAAACCAUUACCCUGGAAGUAGAACCCUCUGACACCAUCGAGAAUGUUAAAGCCAAAAUCCAGGACAAGGAGGGUAUUCCACCAGACCAACAACGUCUUAUCUUUGCCGGCAAACAAUUGGAAGAUGGCCGUACACUCUCAGACUACAACAUUCAAAAGGAAUCCACUCUUCAUCUGGUAUUGCGUCUUCGCGGAGGAAUGCAAAUCUUUGUAAAGACCCUCACAGGGAAAACCAUUACCCUGGAAGUAGAACCCUCUGACACCAUCGAGAAUGUUAAAGCCAAAAUCCAGGACAAGGAGGGUAUUCCACCAGACCAACAACGUCUUAUCUUCGCCGGCAAGCAAUUAGAAGAUGGCCGUACACUUUCAGACUACAACAUUCAAAAGGAAUCCACUCUUCAUCUGGUAUUGCGUCUUCGCGGAGGAAUGCAAAUCUUUGUAAAGACCCUCACAGGGAAAACCAUUACCCUGGAAGUAGAACCCUCUGACACCAUCGAGAAUGUUAAAGCCAAAAUCCAGGACAAGGAGGGUAUUCCACCAGACCAACAACGUCUUAUCUUUGCCGGCAAACAGUUGGAAGAUGGCCGUACUCUUUCGGACUACAACAUUCAGAAGGAAUCCACACUUCAUCUGGUAUUGCGUCUUCGCGGAGGAAUGCAAAUCUUCGUUAAGACCCUCACAGGGAAAACCAUUACCCUGGAAGUAGAACCCUCUGACACCAUUGAGAAUGUUAAAGCCAAAAUCCAGGACAAGGAGGGUAUUCCACCAGACCAACAACGUCUUAUCUUUGCCGGCAAACAGUUGGAAGAUGGCCGUACUCUUUCGGACUACAACAUUCAGAAGGAAUCCACACUUCAUCUGGUAUUGCGUCUUCGCGGAGGAAUGCAAAUCUUCGUUAAGACCCUCACAGGGAAAACCAUUACCCUGGAAGUAGAACCCUCUGACACCAUCGAGAAUGUUAAAGCCAAAAUCCAGGACAAGGAGGGUAUUCCACCAGACCAACAACGUCUUAUCUUCGCCGGCAAGCAGUUGGAAGAUGGCCGUACUCUUUCGGACUAUAAUAUUCAAAAGGAAUCAACUCUUCAUUUAGUUCUCCGUCUUCGUGGCGGCAACUAA